AUGGCCACUGACAAUCCCGGCCCAGCCAACCCUGAGUUCUCGGAGCAGGCUCGGACCACCGAUGCGACCGAGACGCAGGACGCAACUGCCGUCGCACCCUCUGACGCAGCCCCGUCCGCUGCAACUUCCAGUGCUCCGGCUGUCGAGGCCGCAGAGACACCCAAGAGACGUCUUUUGUCGAUCCCGAUCCCCUCGCGACGAUCCUCGAAAACCAAUAAACAAAUUCCCCCGGAGAAGACCGAAGAAGCGCAGGAUGAGCCUACUCGCAGAAGCUCAAAAGUGAGCAUUCUGCGGGCGAAGAGAGAUCCAAGCCGGGCAAGCAGUCGUCGGUCACGCCGGACUCAGGACGUGGCGAACGGAGAGGAAAGCAAAGGGGCCGCUGCGCCCGAAAGCACUCCAAAGCUCCAGCCCAAGAAGAGCCCAUCCAAGCUUCUGGCGUUCCUGGGCUGCUGCUCUUCGGCGGAUGUUGAUACCGACGACACGACUGUGCCUCCAAAGAAAACGAACAGGCAGCAACCGGCCUCGAACCGGCUUCCCACCCCAGACAAGGCGGACGCUCACACCGGUGACUCCAGCACUGCAGAAUCAAGGGAGCCAUAUUUCGACGAGAAGGCGCACUCGACAGUCAGCGCGGACCAGCCGGGCGAAGAAGAGCGCAACGUCCAUGCGAACGCGACUGGCGCGCAGAGCGAGGGUCCUUCUGCGGCUGUCCAAUCUGAGGCUUCUGGCCAGAACAGCGAACCUGAAGUGUCUGCACCUGUUGAGUCUGCAGGUGCAAAUGGAUCAGUAGAUGAAAGUAAGCCGGAAGAGUCCACUCAGGAUCUGGAGACGCAAACAAAAUCCAUUGAGGAGCCUGCUCCUUCAACCGCCCCCACGAAAUCUCUCGUCGACGAUGAUCAACCAGAGCCCGUCAACCAAGCGGACAUAGUGACACAAGCCCCGAUGGUGCUGCCUCCUCCCCCGCCAGUUCCUGCUCCUCCUGCUCGGGCUGUCUCAGAAGAUGGGAUACGUCCGUUGCUCCCUGCGCCUCUACCUCACCUCAGCGGCCGAAAGUGUCUUGUUCUGGAUCUAGAUGAAACGCUUGUUCAUAGUAGCUUCAAGGUUCUCGAGCGUGCCGACUUCACUAUUCCUGUGGAAAUUGAAGGACAAUACCACAACAUCUAUGUCAUCAAGCGGCCAGGCGUGGAUCAAUUUAUGAAGCGUGUUGGCGAGCUGUACGAAGUAGUGGUCUUCACGGCCUCAGUUUCAAAGUAUGGUGAUCCUUUGCUGGACCAACUGGAUAUUCACAACGUGGUUCACCACCGCCUAUUCCGAGAGAGUUGCUACAACCACCAAGGAAAUUAUGUCAAGGAUCUUUCACAAGUCGGUCGUGACUUGAAGGAGACGAUCAUCAUUGACAACUCCCCCACCUCCUACAUCUUCCAUCCUGAGCACGCGAUUCCCAUCAGUAGCUGGUUCUCUGACGCUCACGACAACGAGUUGCUUGACCUUAUCCCGGUCCUCGAGGACCUUGCCGGGACGCAAGUCCAAGAUGUCAGCAUGGUCCUGGACUGUACCUUGUAA